GAUAACGCGGAUGACGGAUACCGCAAAUCGCAAUAAAACAAGUUACAGCAGAGAACAACAGCAAACAUAUUAUUUCAGUGAUCGUUUUCUAAUUUUUUUUUAUUACCAUAAUUAAUUUUAUUUUUUCCACGUAAUUCCUAUUAGUUAUUGUUUGUCGCCGGCUGCCAAUGACCGUCACCACCAGAGGGUCGUGGAUGUUCGGACGUCAUCAACAGCAGUAGGCAGAAAAUAACACCGAGUGACACUAGCAGUAGUAGCUAUCUUCUCCACUGCCAAGUGACUGUCACUAUGGGCGCCGGACCGAGUCACGGCGAACUGGCUGACAACGAUUGUCUGUUGCGGCUGGCAGGCGAACUGGAGAUUACAAUCGAUGAUCCGUUUUGGGACACAUUCCUAACGUUCUCGUUGAAUCCUCCGAUGUCCAGCCAAGAUGAUAAAGUGCUAACUGACCGUCUGAAAAGUAUUUGUGAUUCAUUAAUCGUGAACAACAGAAAUACAUCAAAUUUCAAGACACUCAUAAAACUUAUACUCCAAAAAUCAAAUUUCGAACAAUUGGAAGCUGAAGAUAAUAAUAUAUUGCGAUGUCAAAUAUUCAAUGGCUUGUUUAUUGCUCGGUACUUCUUAAAGUAUCUUGUCCAGAAUGCAAAAGAAAUUGAACUCAUCAAUCAAUUUGAACUACAAACAGAUGGAAUUGAAGUUGCGUUGGGUGACCGAAAAGAGUAUGCAGUUCCUGAUGAUAUUAAUGAAACAACAUCAUAUCAAUUUAUAUCACUGUUAGUUAAAAUUGUAACCGAAUUAAAAGUCAAUGAUUUAACUUAUUCAAUUCAUAUAGAAAGUUCAAACUGCAUAUUAAUAUUACUAUCUAUUCAAAUGUAUACUAUUCAACCUUCUAGCAGUCUUAUAGUUUACAAAAUUUUCAUGGAAAAUAUUGAUUCAAUAAAGUUGUCAAAAGCAUUACUGCAAAGAUAUAUUGAACAAAUCAAACCGCCUAACUUUUCCGGAGGCAACCUUAUUAUUGGAUUGGCCUCAAACAUAUGGAAUAUUCUAACACUUAGUCCAAGUUCAUCUACUCAAGGAAAUCAAAGCCCUUUAAGUUCUUUAUCGGUUAGCAUACUAUUGGUAUUGAUAAAUCACUGUACAUCACCACCACCGCCUAAUGGUAAUCCCUACAGAAGCUGCAUUUCAUCGUUGUCGGAUAAUUUAAUCACGGUAUACACAUUUUUGGGAGACAACAACGAUGCACCGUUGAGUGAAGAGAAAACCCUACUUUUAUAUCAUCUGGUACACUGCAAUAACAGUUUCAAGUCAUUUUUGCUGGCACGCACAGAUAUAGAAGUUGUGUUGAUCCCACUUCUAAGGACGAUAUACAACACUCAAAGCAGCAGGUUCCAGCAUAUGUAUAUGGCACUGAUUGUACUGUUAAUCUUAACCGAAGAUCAACUUUUUAACAAAACUGUUCAUAGUAUAAUACUGAAAAGUGUUACUUGGUACCAGGAAAGAGUGGUCUCCGAAAUAUCAUUGGGAGGUCUUAUCAUAUUGGUUACUACUCGAACGGCUCAGUUUAAUCUUUUGAAAAUGAGAGAUAAAUAUCUUCAUAUUAAUUGUUUUGCGGCACUAGCAAAUAUGUCGUCACAGUUUAAUCAGUUACAUCCGUAUGUUUGCCAAAGAAUGUUAAGUCUGUACGAGGUUUUGUCAAAGACAUUUUUACGGUGUCCAAAUCAAGACAUGAGUGCCAUUGAGGAAGCUUUGCGUAUCGUCCUAGAAGUGAUUAACUCUUGUCUGUCCAAUCAGUUGAUUCACAAUCCGAAUUUAGUUUAUGCUUUGCUAUAUCAGCGAAAAGUAUUUGAACCUUUAAAGAGCCAUGAAGCAUUCCACGAUGUCAUUCAAAAUAUUGACAUGGUCAUUACAUUCUUUUCUGCUAAAUUAGAGCGGGAAGAAGAAUUAUUAAAUUCAUCUGACGUGAACACGGUUUUAGCUAGAGUUCAACAUUGGUCUCUUCAGUGGCCCAGAGAUCUUAUGAAGAAAUUCCCAGACCUCAAAUUCAAGUACGUCGAGGAAGAGAAGCCAGAAGAAUUUUUCGGUCCAUACGUUUGGUCAUUGGUUAACAUAUUGUCAGAUAUUAACUUUGAGUCUACUCUUUAUAAGUUAAACUAAAUGACAUUAAUGGUCAUUUUUAAAUCUAAAGCUUUUAAGUUGCUACUAUUAUGUUUUAUUUGUUAACAUAUUGUAUGUGAUAAGAAUGUGUAUCCAAGAAAAAUCUAUAACAUUUAA